UCACCCCUAAAGCAAAUCCACUAUCUGCUUGACUUUUGUGGGUCAGAGAGGAAUUUGACGGCAAAACGAAGUGGCUUGAUUCUUGAUUUUGUUUUUUGGUCAUUUCCAAGAUUUUUAAUACAUUUGUCUGUUUAUGGGUCCUUGUUGACUCUGUAAUUUACUUAUGAUAUUUAGUAUUUUUAGAUUUAGGUCUUUUUGUUUAUUUUAUAUUCUAAGAUUGAUUUACAUCCUUUUGUAAUUUGUUUAGGAUUUAGGUUUUUGAAUAAUUUUCUUGCCGUUGUGGCGGAGCGAUUAUGUCCUUGUUUGGGAAUGGGAAUACGAUUUAUGCUUACCUCUUUGCAACAGCAAUUGUAAUGGAUGACUAACAAUCAUUCACACAUGUUAGGGAUCAAUUCUCAUAUUGAGAUGGGAUCUAUAGAUGGAACAUCAGUAACGAAGCUUGAAGAUGAGAGCCUCGUCAGUCCUCAGCCAAUGGAUCGAACGACACGCACUCUAGAUGUUGCUCCUCACAGAUCUUUCUUUGAAGUUGGAAUACAAGAGUUUGGUUGUAAAUAUAUAUUAAAUAGCACAAUAAAGAUUAUUAAGAUCAUUUUGUUUUCGAGCAAAAUUAACUUGCUAGCAUCUUGUGGCCCAUUAUCAAUGGUAGUUGAUAAAUUAACAAACCAUCACGUGAGUUGCAAUUUUUUGGGCUACAACAUUUUUCGUCAUAGAAGAUGUAUUUCUUUUUCUCACAUAAUUUCAAGGAUGGGUAUUCUUUCUCAGUUUAUUAGGCAUCAUUCCACUGGCAGAACGUUUGGGCUGGACUACAGAGUAAGAUUCUAAACAUCAAAUAUAAAUGCUUGCUCCUCAUUUUUCAAAGAAGUAGCAGUGAAAGAUCUAUUUUACUAAUAAGGAACAGGGACUUGUGAGCAAUCUUAAGGAUACCAAACGAAGAUAAAGUGUUAUUUUCUCCCUUUUUUCUCAAGAGGAAAAUUGAUUUAUAUUGAGUGGCUUUAGAUUCACAUCAUUACUUGUACUUAGCUUGCAUAAUACAAAUCUCUUUUUUCUUUUUUUUCUU